AUGAGGAAAGCGAUCAGCUUAGAUAUCGAAAUCAAAAUUUUAGAUCAACUUGCAACGGGACAAGGCGCAACGGUUGUGGGAAAUAAUUUCGGAAUCCAUGAAGCUACUGGAGAAACUGCAUCCGCUGAUGAAUUGGCUGCUAAAGAAUUUCCCGAAAAACUAAAAAAAAUUAUUGAAGAUGGAGAAUAUACUCCAGACCAAGUUUGGAAUUUAGAUGAAAGCGGCCUUUUUUGGAAGAGAAUGCCUAGAAGAAAUUAUGUAGCAAAAUCGCAGAAAACAGCCGGUGGUUUUAAAGUAGCAAAGGACCGUAUUACGUUGUUGUUUUGUUCCAAUGCUUCAGAAGAACGUAUUCUUAAGCCACUCCUAGUACAUCGUGCCUUAAGACCACGUUCCAUGAAAAGUGUAGAUUUCAAAAAAUUGCCUGUACACUGGAUGGCGAACAAAAAGGCUUGGGUAACCAGUGCAAUUUUCACAGAGUGGUUUCAAAAGCACUUCAUCCCAGAAGUUAGGCGCUACAUGAAAGAAAAAUGUCUCGAAUUUAAAGUUCUUUUGAUUCUAGACAAUGCACCAGGCCAUCCAGUUUUGGAGUACCCAAACGUACAAUUUUGUUUCUUGCCGCCUAAUACCACUUCCCUUAUACAGCCACUAGACCAGGAGAUAAUUGCUACGUUUAAAACGUAUUACAUAAGAAGUUCAUUUCAUUAUGUUUUAGAAAAACUUGAUAAUUAUGAGGAAUCAUCAGCCAUAGAUGAAUGGAAACAAUUUUCUAUAAUGGACUGCAUUAAUCAAGUCAAGAUCGCGUUAGAUUUAUUAAAGCCAUCAACUUUGAACUCGUGUUGGAAAAAUAUUUGGCCAGAAUGCGUAAAAUGCAAAGAUCCUGUUAUCGAUAAUAACGCUGAACUUGCUGAUAUAAUAACAAUGGCCAAUGCAAUCGGUGGGGAUGGAUUCGAUGACCUAUCGUUAGCAGAUGUAAAAGAAUUGUUGGUAGAUGAAAGCUUGAGCGAAAAUUAA